CACCGGAGCACCGGAGAGAAACCCUUUGCGUGCCAGCAGUGUGGAAAGAGCUUUACGCAAAAAGGCCAGCUUAAGAAUCACAUCCGAAUUCACACCGGAGAGAAACCCUUUGCGUGCCAACAGUGCGGACGGAGUUUCACGCAAAAAGGCCAGCUGAGAAACCACAUCAGAACUCACUCUGGCCAACGGCCCUUCAUCUGCUUGCAGUGUGGAAAGAGUUUUUUGCACAAAGGCACCCUUAAGGAUCACAUACAGAUCCACACUGGAGAACGAUUGUUCAUGUGCCCUCAGUGCGGGAAGAGUUUCACACGUAAAGACAUCCUGAAGAAUCACCUGCGCAUUCAUUCCGGAGAAAAGCCUUUCAUGUGCCUUCAGUGCCGGAAGAGUUUCACGAAAGCAGCGUAUCUCCGGAUCCAUCAGCAGCACUCGCAUUCCCAAGAACGACCGUUCGACUGCCGACGGUGUGGGAAAAAAUUCAUUUCUGCAUUACAGCUAAAAAGGCACUUGAAAAUCCACACGGAUGAGAGGUCGCACCCGUGCUCUUUUUGCGGGAAGACUUUUUCCAUGCCGGAAUAUUUGAAGAAGCACGAGAAAAUCCACACCGGUGUGAAAGCUCACGUGUGCUCCGAGUGUGGAAAUAUGUUCUCCACCGUCACCUUCUUGAAAGAGCACCAGAGGACCCACACUGGAGAGAAACCGUACGCGUGUGCUCACUGCGGGAGGCGUUUCCCUCAUUCCAGCACUUUGAAGAGACACGAGAGAAUUCAUACUGGAGAGAAGCCGUAUCACUGCGCUUCAUGUAUGAGGAGUUUCACUGCAUCUAAUUCUCUACUCAGACAUAGAAACAAAUGCUGCCAGAAGCUGCCGUCUCUGUGAGCAGAGAGCAAUUAUUAGGGCUCCUGACUGCACCUACAUUAA